AUGGAAAAGGACGACCCGGGCAUGGAGUUCGCGCCUAUCACGGAGCGCACUCCAACCGCGAUUGACGAGCGGGAAAUUGAAGCACUGGGCCGCAUUGCCUCUAGCAGGCUUGGUCAGAAGCUAUCGGCCUCUGCGAGCCGAAAGGACACUCAAGAUCCUCGGCUAGACCCCAACAGCCCGGAAUUUGAUCACUAUCGUUGGGCCCAGACCGUACUUAGCCAGGUACAUGAAUCGGGCAUCGAUAUUCCAUCCCAAGGCGUGGUCUUCUCCGACCUCUCGAUUAGCGGCUCCGGAUCUGCGCUGCUAUUCCAAGAGACCUUGAUCUCGAGUCUCACCCUCCCCUUUCGCUUCGCCUCCAAAGUUCUCACGGGACGUCUAUCAUCGCGGCGGAGAAUUAUUCACAGGUUCGAUGGCUUGCUGGAGGGUGGCGAACUUAUCCUUGUCCUGGGACGCCCCGGGAGUGGAUGCACCACCUUCCUCAAAACCAUCUGUGGACAUCUGGACGGGAUUGACUUUGACCAGAUGAUCAAGCACCACCGCGGUGAUGUGGCGUACAACAAAGAGGUUGACCUGCAUUUCCCUCACUUGACCGUGGGCCAGACCCUCUCCUUCGCUGCUCACGCUCGUGCUCCACAUCAACGCAUCGAAGACUUGACACGAAAUGAGUAUGUUGAAACCCUCACCCAAGUGGUCAUGUCAGUCUUUGGGCUAUCCCAUACAUAUAAUACCAAGGUUGGCAACGAGUUUAUUCGUGGGGUGAGUGGCGGUGAGCGCAAGCGGGUUAGCAUUGCGGAGAUGUUUGUUUCUCGCUGUCGCAUUGGUGCGUGGGAUAAUAGCACCCGAGGCUUGGAUGCCGCUUCUGCGCUGAAAUUUGUGCGGGCUCUGCGGCUUGCGGCCGAUAUGGGCCAGUCUUGCCAUGCAAUUGCCGCAUACCAAGCAUCGCAGUCGAUGUACGACUUGUUCGAUAAGGUCGUGGUGCUCUACGAGGGCUAUGAGAUUUACUAUGGCCCCCGUGACCGGGCUGUGGCCUACUUCCAGGGCAUGGGCUGGGCCAGGCCAGAACGUCAAGUGAGCGGUGAUUUUUUGACUGCCAUUACCAAUCCAAAUGAACGCAAGGCACUGCCUGGACUGGAAAGAAGGGUGCCGCGCACAGCCAAGGAAUUCGCUGAGCAUUGGAAGCGAAGCCCAGAGUACCAGGAUUUGCAAAAGCAGAUCACAGAAUUCGACCAACGGCAUCCUCCAAAUGGCGAGGACGCCAAACGAUUCCAGCAAAGCCAUGUGAAACAGCAAGCUAGACACACUCGGUCCCGUAGCCCAUACAUCCUAUCUGUUCCAAUGCAGAUUAGGCUAUGUAUCCGAAGAGCCUACCAGCGAAUGCUUAAUGACCUGCCAACUGCCCUUUCUCCUCUUAUUGUCCAGCUGAUCCUAUCGUUGAUCAUCGGAUCUGUCUUCUACAACACCCCGGACACCUCGUCAUAUUUCUUUCAAAAAGGCGCUGUGUGCUACUUUGCUGUACUGAUGAAUGCACUACUAACCAUCAAUGAAAUCAUGCAGCUCUACAGCCAACGUCCGAUCGUUGAAAAACAAUCUGGUUAUGCCUUUGUCCACCCCUUCACGGAAGCCUUAGCCAGCCUCGUGGUGGAUUUCCCGAUCAAACUCUUGCGGAUUUCGAUUUUCAGCAUUGUCUUGUACUUCAUGGCAAACCUCCGUCGGGAGCCAGCCCAGUUCUUCAUUUUCUACCUCUUUUUAGUUUUUGCUGUCUUGACCAUGUCUGGCCUCUUCCGCAGUUUGGGGGCGCUCACUAGGUCCGUCGGUCAGGCUAUGGCAUUCGCGGGAAUUUUAGUUCUGUGUAUUGUCGUCUACACCGGGUUUACGCUCCCCCAGCCGUAUAUGCACCCAUGGCUGUCCUGGAUCCGGUGGAUCAACCCGAUCUACUAUACUUUCGAAGCACUGAUCGCCAAUGAAUUUCACGGCAAAAGCUAUCCGUGCACGUCAAUAGUUCCGAGCUAUGGAACAGGGUCGUCGUUCAUCUGCUCUUCCGUUGGCGCAAAGGCUGGCGAGCGGGUUGUUUCCGGCGACGCAUUCAUUGAGCAGAACUAUCACUACUACUACUCCCACCUAUGGCGGAACUUUGGGAUUCUCAUUUGUUUUAUGAUCUUUUUCAAUGCUGUCUAUCUGAUUGCGACGGAGUUCAUCUCCAGCGAUAAGUCAAAGGCCGAGGCCUUAGUGUUUCGUCCCGGCCAUGCCCCCAAGCAUCUCCAGUCAGGAAAGGACGCAGAGGGUGGACUCGUGGAUCCGAAACUUGAAGUGACACAGACUAACGAUACUAUUCGUCUGCCGGAGCAGAAAGAUAUCUUUUCCUGGAAGGCUGUCAGUUACGAUAUUCCCGUCAAGGAAGGGACCCGACGCCUUUUGGACAAUGUCAACGGUUGGGUCAAACCAGGCAGUCUGACUGCGUUGAUGGGUGUAUCUGGUGCUGGUAAGACGACAUUGCUGGAUGUUCUCGCCCAGCGGGUGUCUGUUGGUGUUGUAUCUGGCGAUAUACUGGUCAAUGGCCAGCCCUUGCUACCCAACUUCCCCCGUCGCACUGGCUAUGUCCAGCAGCAAGAUCUUCAUCUUGAGACAACUACUGUCCGUGAGGCUCUACGGUUCAGUGCCAUGCUCCGCCAACCGAAGAGCGUCUCCAAGGCAGAGAAGUAUCAUUAUGUGGAGCAGGUUAUCCAGGUUCUUGGCAUGGAGAUUUUUGCUGAAGCGGUCGUUGGAUCUCUCGGCGAAGGUUUGAAUGUCGAGCAGCGCAAACUUCUCAGCAUUCGCGUCGAACUUGCUGCGAAGCCGACUCUGCUGAUCUUCCUGGAUGAACCAACUAGUGGAUUGGACUCCCAGAGUUCAUGGACCAUUUGUCAAUUCCUCCGGAGACUGGCAGACCAUGGCCAAGCUGUGCUGGCAACGAUUCAUCAGCCCAGCGCCACUCUGUUCCAGACAUUCGAUCGCCUUCUAUUCCUGGCUAAGGGUGGAAAGACGGUGUAUUUCGGUGAUAUUGGUGAACAAUCGUCUACUCUCCUCCAAUAUUUCGAACACAACGGAGCCCGCCCCUGCGAGGAGGUGGAGAAUCCCGCGGAAUACAUCCUUGAUAUGGUAGCCGGAGAAGGUUGCCCCGGUGUUGAUUGGCCCCAGGCUUGGAAUGAAAGCCAGGAGUACCAAGAUGUUGUUGCUGAGAUUGAGCAAAUUAAUGCCAUGCGCAAGGGCUCAUCCCAUCAGCUGUUCCUUGACGACGCUAACGCCGAAUUCGCCAUGCCGUUGUCGACACAGCUGUGGGUCGUCCUUGGCCGCUGCUUCCAGGGCUACUACCGCCAACCCGACUACAUCUAUGCCAAGUUCAUUCUCGGUAUCGCAUCGGGUUUGUUCAUUGGCUUCUCUUUCUGGAAAUCCGACAACACCCAACAGGGUUUCCAAAAUGUGCUAUUCAGCGUUUUCCUUUUGUGUACCAUUUUCAACACGCUCGUCAACCAGAUCAUGCCUCGUUUCGUCUCCCAGCGAUCCUUGUACGAAGUACGGGAGCGACCAUCUCGGAUCUACUCGUGGAAAAUCUUUAUUCUCUCGCAGAUCCUUGUGGAAGUUCCCUGGCAAAUUUGCCUGGGCGUCUGCUCCUGGGCCUCAUUCUACUGGUCUGUCUUUGGCACCGGUCAGGACUCUGAGAGCCGGACACUGAUCAUGCUUUUUAUCGUUCAAUUCUUCGUCUAUGCGGCCAGCAUGGCCCAAUUUGUCGCAUCCGCCAUUCCCGAGCCAACUCUCGGUGCCAUGCUCGCAACCCUCAUGUUUGGUCUUUCUUUCAUCUUUAAUGGUGUGAUGCAACCACCUGGUGAUCUGCCCGGAUUCUGGAUUUUCAUGUAUCGUGUUUCGCCCUUUACAUAUUACAUUGGCGGAAUCAGCGGCACUGCGCUGCACGGCCGCACGGUGGAGUGCAACUCAGCUGAACUUAGCAUCUUCGAUCCGCCAUCGGGCCAGACCUGCUGGGACUACAUGAAGCAGUACGUCGACAUUGCUGGCGGCUCGGUUUACAACAAGAACGCCACGUCCGACUGCCAGUAUUGCAGCUUGUCCUCCGCAGACCAGUAUCUGGCUGCUCGUGAGAUUUACUAUGUUGACCGAUGGCGCAACUACGGCAUUUUUUGGUGCUAUUUUGUUUUUAACAUCUUUGGAGCGAUUACUUUGUAUUAUCUGUUCCGAGUGAGGACCUCCAAGUCGAUGAUGGGGAAGGGUAAGAAACUAACAUGA